AUGACGACAAGAUACAGGGUAGAGUAUGCUCUCAAGACCCACAGACGAGAUCAGUUCAUAGAAUGGAUCAAAGGUCUCCUGGCAGUCCCCUUCGUCCUCUACUCUCAGCCCACCGGCGUCUUCGACACGAGAGCGACGAGCAUAGCCCGCAUGGCGGAGGAAUCCCACCGCCGCUACGCCGAAAUCUUUCGCGACGUUGAGCACAUGAUUGACGACCACAUAACCCGUCAAGACGAAGACCUCCCCUCAAAACUAAAAAUGCUCGUCCCGUCAGCAGGGCCCUUCUUCACCCGCCUCCCCCUCGAAGCAGCCUUCACCCUCAUGGACGCAAAACGCCUCAUCUCCUCCCGCCGCUACGUCUCCCCUUCCUUCAACGACGUCCGCCUCAUCCUCAACGCCGCCCAGAUCCUCGCCGUCACCAGUCCCAGCCCUAGUCCAAACCCAUCCUCCACCACCACCUCCCCUGCCGCCUCCCUCCAACUCGCAACCUUUGACGGAGACGUAACCCUCUACGACGACGGCGAAUCCCUCCUCCCAACCUCCCCCCUUAUUCCCCGCCUCCUCUCCCUCCUCCGCCGCGACAUCAAAAUCGGCAUCGUCACAGCAGCAGGCUACACGACAGCAGACCGCUACUACGACCGUCUCCACGGCCUCCUCGACGCCAUCGCCGCCUCCCCUGACCUAACCCCGACCCAAAAGGCCUCCAUCGUCAUCAUGGGCGGCGAAGCAAACUAUCUCUUCGAAUACGACCCGUCCUCCCCGCACCUGCUAGCCCCCGUCCCGCAGGAACAGUGGCUCACGCCCGAAAUGGCAUCCUGGUCCGACGCCGACAUUUCCGCGCUCCUCGACGUCGCAGAGGGCGCCCUGCUCGAGUGCAUCCGCACGCUCAACCUCCCCGCCACCCUCCUCCGCAAAGAUCGCGCCGUCGGCAUCGUCGCCACCGACCCGGCCGUCCGCAUCCCGCGCGAGUCUCUCGAGGAAACCGUCCUCGUCGUCCAGAAAAUCCUCGAGCUCUCCGCGCUAGGAUCCCCCGCCCAAGCAGCCGGCCACAGCACAAUCACAUCCUCCGCCUCUGCCACUGAUGGAAGGGACGGUUCGGCUGCCGCCACCACCACCCGCCGCCGCGUCCCCUUCUGCGCCUUCAACGGCGGCCGCGACGUCUUCGUCGACAUCGGCGACAAGUCGUGGGGCGUGACCGUCUGCCAGCGCUGGUUCGCCGCCAAGGCGGGACACCCGGAGACCCCCAUCGCCGGCGAGAAGACGCUGCACAUUGGCGACCAGUUCCUCAGCGCCGGCAGCAACGACUUCAAGGCCCGGAGCGUGGGUACCACGGCCUGGAUCGCGAGUCCCGGCGAGACGGGCGAGCUUUUGGAUGAUUUGAUUGCGAGGAUUUGA